CGUUCAGGUAUGAAAUACAAUUGAUAUACAAUACAGAAUAGUUGUAUCUUUUAACGGUGAGUCCAUUUAACUGGAAGUACUAAACAGUCAACAAGAUUCCGUUUAAAUUUAUGGGAUUUUCAGUCAUAAUAAUGUAACCACCAGGACGUCUGUCAAGGAUUUUUAUUCUUCGUUACUGGGGUCCGUUCAAAAUUUAAACGAAUUGUGAUCUUUUUGCUGCUUAGUAAACAAAUCUUUCAAUUUUUAUGGUGUGAACAGAAAACAAUUUUUAUGGAAGGAUAAGUUGAGCGAACAUGGCUAAGAGUAAAUUUGAAUAUGUAAAGCAGUUUGAAUCGGAAGACAAAUGUUUGCCUAAUUGCUGGAUAGUUGUUAGAAUAGAUGGGAAGUCAUUCCACAGAUUUUCUGAUGUCCACCAUUUUGUAAAGCCUAAUGAUGAUAGAGCGUUGAAUCUGAUGACUAAAGCUGCACAGUGUGUGAUGGAAGAGUACAAAGAUAUUGUACUCAGUUAUGGACAGAGUGAUGAAUACAGCUUUGUAUUCAAGAAAAAUACAUCUGUAUUUAAUAGAAGGGGAAGUAAGAUAAUGAGUAACAUUGUCAGUUACUUUUCCUCCUGUUACGUGUUUUACUGGUCAAGAUUCUUCAACGUCCAGCCAUUACAGUAUCCUCCAUCAUUUGACAGUCGUGUUGUCCUCUACCCAUCAGAUAAAAACCUCAGAGACUACCUCAGCUGGAGACAGGCAGAUUGCCACAUAAACAAUCUGUAUAAUACAUGUUUCUGGAAACUAGUGCAAGAUAAAGGUUUUACACCAGCUCAGUCUCAGGAAAGAUUAAAGGGAACAAUGUCUAGUGAUAAAAAUGAACUGUUAUAUCAAGAAUUUAAUACAAACUACAACAAUUUACCAGAUGUAUAUAGGAAAGGUUCUAUACUUAUACCGAGUAAGGAAAAAGCAGUAGAAUCUAAACCUAUGAACUCUACCUAUCCUAAUACAAAGGAGCCUCAUCGUGGUUCUGUGUCAUUUAGUAACUCAUUGGAUCAUGGUACGAAAAUGAAUCCAAAAAUAGACGUUCUACAUGUGGACUUAAUAGGAGAAAAAUUCUGGGAGGAACAUUCUAACAUACUGACUAGUAGAUGAUAGAUAGUAUUGUUUAUUAAAUUACAGUAUUUACCUGUGCAAAUAUAUUUGUUAGUUGUCCAUAUAGAGUAUACCAACUAAUUUUCGUUAACAAUAAUUUAUGGUCUUGCAAACUUGAUGAGAUUGUAGCUGAGAAGUCCAUCUCAUUUUCAGAACUAUAUAUAAUAAUUAUAGUUUAGAUAUAUGGUUCUGAAAACAAUGGCUACAAUCUCUUGUAGCUUGAAAAACCAUAGAUAAUUUGUUAAUUGCUAAAUUCCUAGGCAACAUCAAUGACGUUGGGUUUGUGACAUUAAUGCAUUCUCACUCUAUUCGACUGAGAAAAACCCAUCUCUGUCAAGCAGCUUUAGGUGGAAAAUUAUAACACUAAAAGAUCAAAUGAAACUUUGGAGAAAAUAGCGAUAAUUUAUGUAUAUUACAUAUUGAAUAGUAUCUGUGAUGACUAUAACACUUCAUGUUAAUCUGCUGAGUAAUUUCUGUGUAACAUUUAAUUCUCUAAAUCAUAUCAUGAUGAUUUGAAUAACUUGUCAUAUUCAAAGUCUUGAAUGGUAGAAAAACUUUUCAAACUCAGAUUAUCUGACAGAGUAAGGUUUUAAUUAUUGUAAAUUCAGAAAAUCAAGGAAUUAUUUUUGUUCUUUUGGCCUAAUGAAAGGUGUCUAUGAUUAUUACCUACUGUGUGCUCCAUGAUCUGUAAAAAUUCACUUUAUCAUUAAAAUAUUUUAAUGAAAAGCAGGAACAAAUCAGAGAAUUUCAUAGCUCUCAUUGGGUGGAUGUUAUCCGUUAUCAUUUCUUAGUUAUAUUUAAUUUCUUCAUUUAAACAUUGGGAAGUUGGUAUCAGCUUUAAGAUAUAUUUAAUUUCUUCUUCUAAACAUUGGGAAGUUGGUAUCAGCUUUAAGAUAUAUUUUAUUUCUUCUUCUAAACAUUGGGUGGAUGGUAUUAAUUCUUUCUUAUAUUUUAAUUCUUCGUCUAAACAUUUGGUUGAUGGUAUCAGUUUUUAACAAUAUUUUAUUUCUUCAUCCACAAUGAUAUAUACUCCUUGAAACUCUUACAUAAAGUAAGAUUGGAGGAUUACCAAUCUGUAUGCAGUUUCCCUCAUUUGUGUAGAUUAUAUUUUUUAUGCAGUUUAUAUCUCUUUAGUCCUUUUCUUAUAUAAUUACAUUUUGCAGGUGCAUUGUCUGUUUUUACAUCAUGAAAAUAUGUAAAAAUUGGUAAUGGAACUUUCAAAGUUUAUACAUCAUUAUUUAAUGUGAUUUUAACUUCAAAUGAUUUCAAAGAGUUAAAUCUUCAGUUUAUUGCAAGCCAUUGCGGGGCAUGAUCUAGGAAACAGAUUACUGAGGUCAUUAUUGGAUGUCCAAAUAUAAGAUUAUCAUAUAAAUAUGGCCCUAAGUAAUCAGUCACAUAAUACUCAAAAGCUCUCGUCUGAAGAACUUUUAUGAUUUUAAGUUUAUUCAAGGUACCAUAUGAAAUGAUUAAAAGUACAAACAAGAAGAUCUGUUACUUGUUAAAAAUAACCGAAGGUCUUUAGGAAAGUAUGAGAAGCCCUUUUAAAAUUAUAAAUAAGAUAUUGUUGAUGAGCUCCAAAAGAGGUAGAUGUUUUCAAAUCUCAAAACAAGCUAAAAAAAAAAGAAGAAGAAUUUGAAAUUAAGAUCGAAGAACCAUUUGUAUAAAUAGACAUGAUAAGUCGUCUCAACAUAACUGAACUUUCAACUUUUGUCAUAUUGCAAAUAUUUAUUCUUUGGUACAUUUAUCAUAAAGAUGUCAGCAAUCAUUUUCAAACAAUAUUUUUCAUUCCAAACAUGCAUUUUUUUUUGUUUUUCUUGAAACAAAUUACAUUAACAUAACUGUAGGUGAUGCAAGCUUUUUAUUUCUAAUUUUUUACAAGGUUUGUCCAUCCUUUGAACUAUAUAGACAAUUUCUAAAUUCGAGCAGCUAUACUGUAAUAAAAAUUUCCAUUUCUACCAAAAUCGUAGGUAGUUUAGACAUGGAUAUUUUCCCCAUUUUUAAUGCAUAAAAUUUUAUGUGUGGUUAAAUUCAUUCAGUGAAUGAUAAGUGCGCCGUCCAAAAUAUUGUUGAUUUGUAUAAACUAUUAUUGAUUCUAAAUUUUUCAUGGAUUUGACAAGAUCUCAAAAUAAGCAAAAUUACCCUCUUGCAAAAAUUUCCUUGUUAACAGUGAGUAGGGCACACAGUAGCUUUAACACUAAAAUUUUCAUUCAUAAAAGUUAACAUUUCACCAGAAUUUUUUUAUAGCAUUAUUUGAGUAUAUUUCAGUAACCAGUAUGUUUUUAAUAUUGUAAGGUAUGAAUGAUUUAAAUAUUAUGCAUAUACGUUCAGUUGUUACAAUAUUAUCUUUAUACUUAUUAAAUAUGCAAUAUCGUUA